AUGGGAGUGUACACGUUUCAGUGGUUGCGCCCGGCGAACGAGGUGUAUGUCACCGGAACAUUUGAUAAUUGGAGCCGGAGUGUUAAGCUGGAUAAGUCGGCAGAUGGCCACUUCAGAAAAGCAGUCGAGCUCCCAGAAAGCAACGAAAAAGUGCUCUACAAGCGAGACAUCGGGUCGAAACGCAGCAUAUGGAGGCGCAGGAGGAGAAAUGCAGCUGCCUUGGGGCUCGACGUUGCACCCCUCGUUACCGACACAAUCCAGGUUGCAGCGCGCAUCUCCCUCGGCUCUGCGCGCGUGUCUCUCUGUGUGUGUCGUGUUUUUGCCGCGCGCGCGUCUCUCUACAGUAUGCAGUUGGGGCCCGGUACCUUCCAAGCUUGGUGCGCCCAUCAGUCCCUGACGUCAUACUCUGGUGUGGGAGCCAAUCCUGCCUUCCGCAUCGGCGCUCUUGCUUUAAAACGUCCCAGGCCCACCCAAAUAAGCAAGAACGCAACUUUCGUCGUCGACGGUCGCUGGACAGUAGAUCCCACCGCUCCCCAAGAAGACGACGGGAAUCACAACAUAAACAGCGUCCUGCUCCCUGAUCACAUCGACCCUUUCCGUCCUACCACCACCACAUCGACGAGUGCCGUCGCGCCAACCGAGAAAGCCGCCACAAUGUCUGCGAUGACACCGGAGGAUACAGCCGGAGGUGUUUUUGAAGAGAUGUCGCAAGAAUUUUCCGAAACCCACAAAUCUGCGGCGCGGAGAGUAUCCCAGUCCGAAGAGGCUGGCCCAAUGCCGUUCACUAUGUCGUCACUUGCCCCGGAGUCUACAACUGUACAUCUCGCCAAGGACGUUCCAUUAGAACCCAAAGGAAGUGCUCCCGGUGGAUUUCCAGAAACGCCCGAUGUACAGUCACCGGCAGGGGAUGAUCAGGCGUUCAUCAGCCCUCUUCCGGCCACAGACGGCAUCGGCAACCCGAUUCACUUGCCACCGGGCCAGAAAGUGCCACAUCCAUCGAGUUUCACUGACAAUACAGUGAAUUCUGGCAUCAAGACAGAUAAAGCUGGAUAUGAAGGGGAUGCCAGCGAUCCCACCAUGGCGGCCAUGGCGACCUCUCAUGGCUUCGUUGGUUCUCAGCCUGUCAAGGUCAACCCGCCGACAUCCGGUGGUUCUGCCUUCAUUCAAUCUGCGGCCCCGACCUCGACUACGGCUGCUUUAGCCGCCAAUGUUCCUCUAGAAAAGUCCAAAGCAUCUGGAACCAAGGAUCCCCACCAACCAGCUCCAGAUGUGCCAGAAGUUGUAAGAAGAUCCCUCAGCGAUGCCCACAAAGAUCCCGAAGCUGCCUGCAAUGAAGAAGCGGUUAUGGAAAAGAAGGAGGUCGAGCAAGAGUUGCUUCGAGACGUUAAGCGAGACGAGUCGACCGGUGAACCUGCGCCUGUAAUAGCUGCAGGAUCGUCCGCAAAGGCUCCAGCUAGCACAGCACCCCUUGCGAAGGGUGAAGCUGGAGAUGUGUCGCCAAAGACCAAAGAGCGUGCUGAGGGCUCCACAGCUGCACCGCCUCAACAGCAAACCACAGCAACUGGUCCGACGAAGACGACAGCCCCAGAGACCACUGCGCCGGGGUCGCAGCAAGCUCAGAGCCAACCCUCCGGGACCCAAGCCGAGCAGCCGACGCAGCCAGGACAGACACCGAAAAAGAAAAAGAAUCGUCUUAGCGGGUUCUUCUCUAAGUUGAAGGAAAAGUUGAAGUAGAUUCAUCAGAUGCUCGCCCUUGUAUCAUUUCCCCCCGUUCCUUACAGAUGAAAAUUGGCGUCUGCUUGUCAUACUUCCAAUUUGUGAGAUCCCUCUUCUCCACCUUCAUAAGCCUGUCUGUUUGAUCAAGUACAUAUGCAUGUUUGGGAUCUAGGUUUCAUUAAGAUUGUAUUUGGUUCACGGGAGGACCUUUUCUAUAUUUUUGCUUUCGAUUGUUCCAGAUUCCCCCGUUUUGUCUCACACUUUUGAUGUUAUCAUACAUGUAACUUCCCACUUCCAAGCUGGUAAUAGCACCUGGUGGUACUCCAGGAAAUUGAUGUGAAAUUCUUCCCUCUAAUUUUGCCCCCCCAAUCUCUAUGGUCCAUGGGACCUUUGAAGAAGAUUGCAUGCUUCUCCAAUCAAAUUUCUUCUUGCAUACCAUUUUGAUUCGGGGCUGUCACCAUGGUGGUGAUGAAAACAUUUAGAGAAAUCAAUUGCUGCUGAAGCUGUUCACACCUUCCAUGGAAAUUAUUUGGCGGUGUUGAAUUUGUCUAAGAAAGCAGAAUAAGGCUGGAUUGCGCAGACAUUUUAUCCCUUGAAAAAACAACAAUAGAUGGGGAAGACUGAUCAAAUGUCUCAAAAAAUUUUUUGGUGAUGUCUCCCAAGUUUUAUUAAUUGCAAAAAAGCACCUGACCAACAGAUGAUGGUAAUAUAUAUACUAUUUACUACCUACGAUUGCUAGUGAAUUGAAUUCAUUUGGACCAUGUGCACUCGAC